AUGAGUAAUGAAUGUUCCUUCGUUUUGACGACCGGACCCGUGCAUUCUUGGGUAACGGAUGCGUUGACGUACUUCGCCGAUGAUGUCCAGGAGCUGCAGAUGCUUCAAUCAGAGCGGCAAGAGAUGGAUGCGACCGCCUUGCAGGCGGCGACGAGGGAGGCAUCGAGCGAAGUUGAGAGCAUUGUAGCACGGCAGCGGCAGACCUCACCCUCGUCUGGCCAUACCCCUACGCGAAAAUCGACCAAAACACGUCAAAACAUAACGAGAGGUAAUUCCACGCUAUCGCAGACCAAGCCCGAUUCGAGGUCUAAUCUAGAGUGCAAGCGCUUGGUAGCGGAACGGGUGCGUGCUUUCGAAGCAUCACGAGCUUCGCAGCCGUUCCGGAGACAGUUAGCACAGUACCAAUCCCUCUUGCAAGAAACUCAACGCAAGUUCGGACCUAUUCGUGCUAAGGAGGAGAGUGAGUACAAUUUUUUCGUUUCAAGACCUGAGGAAUUCUAUACCAUGGAUGAUGUGGUGGCCACCAACGAGCGCGCCGCUGCUGCCAACGCAUCCAGUGAGCAUACUGAUUUCAUUGAUCCCAGUGAGGAUGCGGUAGACUCAAACACGACAGGUACGGUUUCAGUUUCCCCCCUCGGCACUGUGAACUUAUGCCCUUGGAUUGACUCAGAUUCGGUUGUCAUUGAUGCUGGGCGGUUUGCGCAGGAAUACAACGAAACUUUGACUCGCGAAUAUGGCUAUAAACCCAUUUUGGGUGGGAGAAGGGCUUUUUCCACACCUGUAGAAGAUGAUUUUAAGACGAAAAAGGAUCGGGAACAGGCCAAAACCGAUUCCCAACGUGCACUCUUAAGCACUCAUCGCCCAGGCAUUUAUGAUCCCCUUCCUGAUAUAUUUCCACCCCAAUCGUCUUGGCAAUCCACCUCAGGGCCGCAACACCAUGGUGCUGUCAAGGCUAUUGAACAGGCUUCCACCGCUGCAGAUCGCAUGACCUUUGCCGGAUCGAAUACAGCGAGCCAUUCCGAGGAUGCAGGGCGUCGAGUCGGUCACACAGCUGUGGUUUCAUCGGAUCCUCGAAAGAUAUAUUCCGCGACAGCAAUGGAUGUUUCACUUUCUCUUCCAUCUCUUUUACAUCGUGAUGAUACCGGGAAUGGCGCAUCCAAGCGUCAAGAGGUGUACACGCUGGGAACUACAUCAGACGGUUCCGCUAAAGGAACAAAGAGUACGGCUCCCAAGUCACAAUCCAAGUCCGGCAAGACACGAUCUAACACGCAAAUCAACAACGGAGUAAGUGUAAAGGAAAGGAGAGGCGACCUGCCAAUGGGAAUUGAGUGCUCUGCAACGAAUCGAGAAGUUACCUUGCAGACUGUCACGGGCCAACCGACGAGCAUCGUUAUCCGUUUUACUAACCGCAAUAAGCAGCGCAUGCGGUUCCGUGUGAAGCCGUCCACACACGCGUGGUUGCACUAUGCCUGCGUCCAUGUUGCACCCGUAGCGGGAGGAAGUAACAAUACGAGGCAUGGUGCUUCUGUGAAGGAGUCCUACUCAGGCUCUAACGGCUGCCCUGAGAGCCUCGCUGAUGGGAUUUUUCUCGGUUGUGGGGGCUAUAUCGAGGUGAAAGUCGUGUUUACGCCCAUGGAUACUUUUACACCCAAGCUGGAAACCACUCUCUCUAUCGGUAUCACUCGCGAACUCAACUCGCUUUCCAUGGAGGGCGCACAGUGGAAGUUUUUCGAAGUUGCUGUGAACUGUGAAACGCUCCUUCCGGUUUUUCAACUAUUUCACUUGCCGCACCAGCCCGAGGAAGAUGGGCUUCUCGUUCGUUCUCAGAAUCCCAAGCAGGUAACCAUCGCUGAGCUUAGUGAGUCGGAUCGUUUAUGCUGUACGGGUCGUAACAAGAGGACGGAAACCGAUUUGCCCGGAGAAAUUCCCUUUACCGCGGGAUCACCGCCCUGGCAAAAGGCGAACAACCUGAACGGACCUCUCCCGGAGGCUAUCACCAACGACACCAGCUCCUUGGUAGCGCGCUUGCUUCCAUCCCUUGCCACGCCCGUGUCGCUGGAGGAGUGUGUUUUCCCCCCAACCUUUGUACUGAGCAGCUUCACGCAGCGUUAUUUUCUCGUGAACGUUGGAUCCAGCGCGGUGGUGAACCUCACGUGCAGUUCCGAGGCCUACACAAUUCAUCCUUCUGGGCCCUUCGCGCUAGGGCACGCCGGGGGGAUCGAAAUUUCCAUCACGUUCCGGCCGAUGGAGUGGAGGGAUCCUUUCGACGAACGGCUUGUGGUAGCCAUUCGGAAUGCUCCCGCGUGCGAUCCUAAAUCCAGAGGGGCGGGUCUGAUCCUCGACGACGGCCGCGGCGCAGUGCUCGCUCAACAAUACUUCUCCUUGCAUGGAACCUCCGUCGUGCCGCGGGUGGCCCUCCAACAGAUCGGCGACAUGGCUUUACCACCAAACGCACCUACGAUUUCUUCCGUUGAAAUGACGGGGCUGGAGGAUUCUGAUGGCGAGACCGCCCCACGCUAUUUUAUCCCCGACACUUGCCCAGAGGUGUGCUCGACACUCUCGGUUUGUGUGCACAACAGCUGCGCGCUGCCGUUGCCUUACCGCUGGGUAUUGGAGGUGUGUGGUGGGAUUGAGGGCACGGCGGAGGGGCCUAGCGACGCCGAAGGGAUCUCGAACCCCGACGCCGUUCGUUCGAUCGCCACGAUUCAGCCCUCGCGUGGUACCAUGGCGGCGAUGGAGGAGAGCGUGUUCACGGUCUCGGUGAGCCCAUCCGUCGCGGGCAAGCUGACCAUAUCAUGUAGCCUUUUUCUUGAGGGUCUUCCCGACCCUGAACAAAUCCCGGAGGCCGAGCUCGCACAGGUUCCUUCCUGGAUUGUCGCGCUUUACAAUCGACACGGGCAGAUCCCUCCUGCGUCAUCCGCGUCUGAGUCUGGGCGGCUCCCAGGGGAGGCGGAGGGCCCCGUGGACGGGGCUUUCGCAGCCGCCGACAUGGGCUGCGCGUUAACGGACCCCUUCGCGCUCUUCCAGGCCCGCACAUUAUCGAAGCCUGGUCACCUGCGGGAUCUUGUCUUUUCAACCGGCUUCUACCUCUUUGCCUUUCCUACAGAUCCGUCUCUGAGGAUGAUAUCGGGCGUCCUGGACGCGACUAUCGAGUUGCUGACCGGGCUCGAGGUCAGCCGGUGUGUGACGUUGCAGAACCCCUCCCCACGUGCCCUGCACUUUUUAUGGAACACCCCUGAGAUCCCCCACAAGGACUCUCAGGUUGAGACUGUGAGGAUGUCGAUCAGUGGUAUGUUUGAAGAACCCUUGCAACGGGCGAAGGACCCGAUAUCAACUUGGUGUCAGCCUCGUGAAGGCUGUAUCCCCGCCCAUGGUCAGCAAGAUAUCGCGGUAAGCUUUAUCGCUCAUAUGCCUGGAAUGCACAGCAAGACGCUGGAGUGCAGCGUUCCAGAGCUUCACUCUCGCUAUGAAUUGGUCCUUAAGGUCAGGGGUGUGGGCCCCACGGUGCAUACAAGCACGCAGUUCUUAGAAUUCGGUAUUAUUAAAGUAGGCACCAAACACGCCUCCACUUUCACCGUGUCGAAUACCAAUCCGGUGCCGGUAUUGUGCAGUUUUCAGGAUCCCAUACCAUGUGAUCCAUCGCGUUUUAUGUUUCCCAAAGCACCGAUUCAUAUUGCCGCAAAUGACUCCGCUAAAGUAACGGUGUACCGCAACGCCGUUGCUUUUGACAUCCCUGAAGCUUUCUUUGAAGUGGUGGUUCACGGCGGCGCGUCCAUCGCGAUCGAGACUCACGCGAUAGUGCAAAAUCCCCAGAUUGUCUUGGAUGAUCCUGUGGUGGAUUUCGGCUUCGACGUGCCAGAAGGGGUCUGGCAGGAGCGGGCCCUUUAUCUGUCAAACAAUAGCAACUUCGACAUCUCCUUUGCCAUGAAGGCAGCGUCGACGCAGUCUCCGUGGGUGCGGCUGGAGCACGCAUCUAGUCUUGUGUUGCGUGCUGGGGAAGCACACAUGGAAGUCCCGAUACGCGCCUGUUUUUUGCACAACCCGCAAGAAAAGGAGAGUUCAGAUGGGUAUUGCGUGGAUCUAGAGAUUCACUCUCAGCAGACGCAACAGGUGCUUCUUGUGAAGGUAUGUGCCACUACAAUCGAGCAACUCUCUGUCUCUGUUGACGUUGUAACUGCCGCGAAGGCGCAAGGGGAGUUAUGCAAUGGUGUCAAUGAGCCAUCCAACGUCUCCUCGUUCGGGAUGCCUAUUGAGAAGUACGUGAGCGUGCUUUUACUAAACGCUUUAGAGAUGGUUUUAGAUACUGAGCAUUUACCGAAGGUGGAGUGUCCGUGCGUUCAAGUCGUUGGUAGGACUACUCUCGAUCGUGGUGCGGGUGCGCAUCUUCAGUGUCCCACCGAUUAUCCAAGCGUGGAGCGCGGGGUUGUGGUUCGUCCGUUCUGCGAGGAUGUACAGUUGCGCACCGAACUACCCCAUCACUCCCCCGUGUGUAGCGAGACGUUAAUGGUUCAGUUUCGAAAUUACUCCAAAUGUACGACCCGCGGGGUGUUGUGGGUGGGUGAAAGUUAUUCUAUUUUGAGUGGCUUUGACCGAACCAAGCGCACUCGGGCGAUCAACUCCGCCGCCACCGAGAACCCGUUGGGCGAGAAUGACAACUUCAUCGAGGUGGCCUCAAGCACGGCGCAGGGUUUCAAGGGCAGCCCCAAGUCUCACGGCACACGUACCUCGUGCUCGCGGUCUUUGAGGUUGAUGAACAAGCGGGCGUCUAUUCCCGCCCACCCCGCCGAGCGCGUUUCCAUCACCGCGAACGAAUGGCUGCAAGCCACGCAGCUGGGCUUCUGGACGACCGAGAGAAAUGGGGUUGCGGCGCGGCGGCGGGCCGAGCAGGCCGCCUUAGCCGGCGCCCAGCACCUCCUACUCGACGGGAAUGGCUGCCGCAUGGCGCUACCCCCUUCGACGGCGGUUGGGAUCCCAAUCGGGCCCCUCGAAUCCAUCGCGUUGCCGGUAUCCCUCCACGCCAACCUCCCUGGGCGGUAUACGAAGACGCUAUUGGUGGAGUGUGAGGGGCUCCCACGGACGGCGAUUGGCCUCGACUGGGAGGUCGUCGGCCACCCUUUGCUGCUCGACCCCACCACCGCGGGCCUCACGAAGGAUGAGAAUGGCCACGAGGUCCUCCUCAUGACGCCCGUGGUGGCCUCGUUAGGGAGCUCCCAUCGGGUGUUGCGGGUGAUCAAUCGACUGCCGCGUGAGGUCUGCACGAGUGUGGAGGUCCACCUCAGCACCUCCAGCUUCUCCGUCGUCGCGGUCGAGGAGGAGGUGGAGGCGUCGCGGGUGGUGUUGCGGUUGGGGACCGUUCCCGAAGCGGUCCGCCAGAGCGGGGCGGCGCGUUAUGGCGCGGCAAGGGUGACGCCCUCGGUCUUUCUCAUGCCCGCCCUCUCCACGCGGGAGAUCCACGUCGAGUACACGCCCAGCGCGAAGCUCGUGGAGCCCCUGAUGCCGCGCGCCUCCCUCGACAAGGACGGAUCUCGGAGCUUUGACGAUCCCCAACGCGGCUGCCGAUCUCCUGCUCGACGGGAGAGGGGCCGUCGACGGACGGGUAGCCAUGACGACUUCGCCGACGACGAUGGGGACCGAUUUUCGUUAAUGCGGUCCUCGCAAGAGGUGGAUUGGAAUGGAUGCCUCGUCAUCAAUUGCAAGCUGGCGGAAAGCCCUUUCAACGACAUGUUCCUCAUCGACGAGUUCUACGAGCAAAACCAAGCGAUCUACCCCAGCAAACGGGUGCUCCGGCGCUACAGCGCCACCGCCGAAAAGGAAGAGAGUGGGGCAUCGCGGACGAACCCCAAGCUGCUCAGGCGUACCUUACAGAAGAAAGACCUCGACCUGGAGGAGACGACGACCGUACUCCCAACCUCCUUGCGGUUGGUACCCAUCCUGCAGUUGUUUCAGCCGUUGCGCACCCGUCCUGGGAAGGUGGUGCGUAGUGGCAAAUUAGUCGAGCCCUCGACCAAGGAAAAGCACCUCCUGGAAGGCUGUCGCCACAUCCACCACGAGUCUUUAUCACGACAGUCAUUCUCUUUGAACUCUUCGUGCGUUCAUUCCGCAUUGUCCGAGAAUCCCAUCGGGGAGGAUGUCAGCGAGAGCAAUAAUGCGAACAGCGAUGAGGAUUCCGAGGUGGAUGACUGGCCUGGGAGUUCGGAAAACGCCCGCCUUCUCGAGGCAACGGGAUCGUAUUCGACGCGCUCCCUUCCCGUUCUUGCCGAGGAUCGGGAGCGGAGGGAGCUACUCGCGUACCUCAAAUGUCGUCGUUCGCAGUUGACGGAGGAAAGUGUGCGGUACUUCAAGCCGAUUGAGCUGCGGCUGCGGGCGCGCUGCGGGGUUCCGCGGUUGAUUCUCGAUCCCCCCGUCGCACAGGUCGAGUUUCAGCCCUACCACAACGACGGCAAACCCAUCCUGCGAACGGUGCGCGUGGUGAACCCCAACACCGCCGCGUUGCGAUUCUCCUUCCAGCUUUUUACGCGAAGAGGAUCGCGCGAAGCGGGCGUCGUGGGCGCGACAUCGGAGGAGGUGAGCGAGAGCUGUGGGAGCUUCACGGUGGUCGCCGCCGCGAGGCUUCGUGGCGAGGAGGAGGCGGCGGCGGCGACAUCACCGGUGGCGGCCACGGUCGGUCGGAAUCAAGCGGGGAAUCCUCCCCUUCGAGCAACGCACGUGGCGAAGGCAAAGGCGAUGGCAAAGGCCGCCACCUCGACGAUCGGCCCUUCGAUCCCAUCGUCAACGUUGUCAAGAAAAGGCAGGGAACCGAACGGGCGGCGAGCGCAUGCGGCGGGGGCUAUCGUUCCUGCGGGUAAUCCUGCGCUUACUCCCGCUAUCCAUGCCAGCGCCCCAGCGAAGAUCAUUCACGAGCUGCGCAGCUUUGAGUCGUUGGAUGUGACGGUGGCGUAUUUGCCGCCGGCGAGGCCGUUUUCGCUUUCUCCGACCACGGCUCUUCGGGAUGUGUGGGGCUGCGUGCGGGUGGAGUUCAUCCCAUCCGAGGCGGCGGAUAAUACCUCGGGAGGAGGAACUUCGUCCUCAUCCCAAAAUAGUAGUGGAUGGGUGGGUUCGUCUGUGCUUGAGCGGGCGCCCGUGCAGGAAAUUCUGCUCCACGUGCCGCUCGUGGUGCCUAAAUUAUCGUGUGAUCUCUCGUUGCUUUGUUUCCGCCCAGGGAAUAUCAUCCUCGACGGCCGCGAGCAGCCAAGCUACAGCCAGUGUUUUACCUUGUACAACCACGCUAGUAUGGCGGUGGAAUACGAGAUCGCCUUGGUAGAUACUGAGUCUUCCAACGCCAUCGCGUUUAGCAGCAGGAAAGGGUAUCAUGCGAGUGAUUGGGAUGGAAACCGUGCGAUGACGAGCUCGGAUAGGGGGCUUACCAACUCCUCCGAUGCGAUCUCGCGCGCGUCUCGUGUUGGUGAAAAGAUCGACGCCCUCUUUAACAUGCCUCCCAGCCCGAUGCCGUUAUCUGCGGGCGCUGGAUUCGGCAGCGCGACUUCGGCUUCGCCUGUUACUAUAGCAGAUGUGGAUAAUACGACCGUUCCGAGAUAUCUCGCGUCGGGGAGUGCGUCUGUGGUGCGUGGAAAGGAGGCGGCGGAGCAUUUUGUGUUAGCCCCUCGUAAAGGUUGGGUUCCCGCGGCUACUGCUGGUGGGCAGCCGGGCGCGUCUGUCAUCGAGGUCGUCUUCAACGCGUAUUCCAAUGUUGUCUAUGAAUGCACCUAUACGGUAAUCGCGAAUCAAGAGCCUUCGGAGCUUUUCAUUAAGCUAAUGGGUAUUAGUCGUGAUACCGAAUUGUAG